AUGUCUAGCAACGACAACCCAGGAAACUUCGCCAACCGCCCCAAGGAGGAGGUUCAGGAAAUCGCGAGCAAGGGCGGUCAAGCAAGCCAUAACAGCGGUUUUGCCUCUAUGGAUACCGACAAGCAGCGCGAGAUUGCCUCCAAGGGAGGUCAGGCAUCCAGCGGCUCAUUCGAACCUGGCAGUGACACGGCGAGAGAGGCUGGCAGAAAGGGAGGAUCCGCCACCAGCAGCUCCUAA